CAAAAAAAAAAAAAAUAAACACAUUUUUUUUCUCAUAAAAUCAUAAGUUAAUUAAUUAUAGUGAUUAGAAGACAUGUCUAAACAGGAGGGUAAACCAGAAAGUAAUGGCGAGAACCUUAAUAUCCAACGAUUGUCAAAAACAUUCUCUAAACCACCAGAUUUACUGUUAACGAACAGUAAAAAUAAUCAGCGAUCACAAAAUAGCAAGAAAAAUAAUUAUGCACCAAAUUUAAACGUCAUUAGAAAUAAAAAUCUGGAUGUCAAAUCGAAUGAAAAAGAUAACAAAAAGGACCAAAAUAAUCGAGGGGGCAGAAAUCAAAGAGGAAAGGAUGCACGACCAAAUAAUAAACGGGUCAAUCCAAAUUUGGUCCAAACGAUGGGCUUUCUGUCUGAAGGAAUAAGCGAUGUAGCGCAACAAAAAAGAGAGUAUGCUGGAAGUUAUUCAAAGGAUACAGGAAGCAAUGAAGUCAUACAGAAACCUCGUCUUAUCAAACGGGAAAUUAAGCACAACAAGGAGGAUUUAGAGAAAGAGCAAAAGAUUUUGAGCAAUUUACUAGAAGAAGAUGAUAUAGAUGAUGAUGAAAUCAAAAUGCCGUCAGACGAAAUCGUGCCUAUUAAGAUUUGUCUAAAAACUGAACCUACUUGUGAUCAGGCAAGCACAAAUGGAAUUCCUUCGGUCAAAGUGGAACCUGGAUUUGAGCUCAAAACAGAAUAUUAUCAUAGAAUGGAUCGACUCUUUCGUCCAGAAUCCAACGAAGUUGCUCUGUUUCAAAUGCCUGAUGCAUUACCUCAAAAAUUGCGAGACGAUGAAGAGGCAAUUAGAGAAAAUGCUGAUGAUGAAGCGUCUAAAGUAAAACCGAUGCAAAAAUUAAGUUCACUAGAACAUUUUAGUGAAGGACUGAUUGGAAAAUUAGUACGUUAUAGAUCAGGAAAAACUAAAUUAAUGAUUGGAGAUUAUGUAUAUGAUGUCGAAACGGCAAUUCCAAUAGAUUAUCAACAGAAUGUCGUUUCAAUUAGUUCCAAUCCUCAAGAACGUAGUGCUAAUAUGUACAGUAUUGGAGAAAUUCAUGGCAAAUAUAACGUUAUUCCAGAUUGGCACUGGCUUUUCGAUAAACUUACUCCAACAUAAAUAUACCACUGACUUAAUGUUCUCAAAUAAAUGAAUU